AUGGAUCCGUUCAGUGAGCUGCCCUACGAGCUCUUCGAGAACAUAAUCGAACACGCCGCCGAUUGGGUCAGUCUCGAAAGUCUUAUCAAGGUCUCGCCGCGAGUGGCUGCACUUUUGAGCCCUGAUGUCGCCUCUGCUGCAGAUGCGGAAGUGGACCCGGAUGCUAUACGCCGCAUUGAGGCCUUCCUGUGCGUGAAUCCGGUCAAGAACUAUGAGCUACACCGCUUCUUUCGGAUGUGUACCAGUCUCCGACUCCACAAUAGCGACAGCACUGGCGUCGUUUGCCCGGAAUGGCAUCGCGACGAGUUCUACGAGCAUCUACGGGUUGUUCCUCGUCCGACCUUGACAUCGGGUCAGUCUAUGUUCCACAACAUCCGCAAUGACCCUACCCGAGAGGAGAUGUUGGCUGUGUCUGAGUGUCUUCAUGACAUAUACGGAUAUCAUCCAGAUGGCGUCGAUCGCACGGUAAAGCUACCCGAAGCAGCGUUACACCCCGAACAGCUUACUGUAUGGGCGCCCCCUCCCCAAACGUCCUCUCUACAGGACAUGACCCAGUCUGGGUUUGAUACAUGGGAUCGCAACUUCCGAGCCCCGCAGGAUCGAAAUGUGGGUGUCAUAUGGCGGUUGAUGAAGUCGAGUGGGGGUGCGUUCAAAGAUAUGGCCCCGUUCCUGGCCUGCAGCCUUCUCGAUACUCGACCACUCCGGUCCUCGAGUAUGGUGAUAUGGGGUCCCUGGAGGCUUUGGGGAUUAGGAAUUGGCUAUGCUUCUACGGAACUUGGACGACUGAUAAUGAAUGACGUUACGGGUCCCAACGGGGAAAGUAUCCCAGCCGGACCGUACCCGUCGACCCGUGGUCUCAUGGAAUACAUCUAUCGAUGGUCAGUCUUCGUAUCUGCUGGACAAGCACUGCUGGCCAAAGAGAGAAACCCGAAUCGUGAUUAUUCGGACAAAUGA